AUGUAUCGUUUUCGUCCAUUGAUUUCGUUUAUUUGUCGUACAUCAAUUCGUCCUUUUCAUCUAUCAUCAGUACGAUCGAUUGAUUGGGCUGAUAUUGAUGAAUAUACUAAUAAAGUAAAUACAUCAGUCUUUUUAACAACUGAUGUUUAUGAAAAAGAUGAUGAAUGGAUUCAAUAUGAAUCUCGUCGAAAUGAAAGAUUACGUAAAAGACGUGAACAAUUUCUUUUAGGACCACCAAAACGUAAAUCUGUAACAUCAUCAAAUAAGGAAGAUUCUAAAACUUGUCCAUCAUCAUCGGUAAAUUUUACCAAAAUUGAACCUGAUAUAAAAUAUGAUCCAAAUGAUGAUCGGCCUAAAAAAAUCAAUGAUCCUUAUUUACCAUCACCACAUAAAUGUAUAUUUUGUGUGCAUAAUAUUAAAAUUGAUUUUCGUAAUACGAAAUUAUUAAGUCAAUUUAUUUCACCACAAACAGGUUUUGUUUUUAAUCAAUAUACAACUGGUUUAUGUUAUUUUAAACAAGUUGAGCUUGAAAAAGCUGUUUUAAAAGCACGUCGCUUCAAUUUAAUGCCAUAUAAAUGGAAAGAAACAGUCUAUCUUGAUGAUCCACGAUUAUUUAAUCCAUAUGAAAAUACAAUAAAAAAUGUUGUUAAUUCAGAAAAAGAAAAAUAUGGCCAUUAG